AUGUUCGGGGAAUGCCCAAUGAUCAUAUCCCGUAAGGGAUCGCAUGAUCUAUUUAGUUUGACGACGAGGGCAAAGGUUUUCUGUGUCGUCGAAGCGGAUAUUUGUUUGAUGGAAUCAGAUGGAAAAGGACAUCUUCUCAUCGCGACUCUUUGUUUUUUGACGAUUGUGGAGUCUGGGUUGAAUGAAAUGGAAUUGAGAAGUUUAUUGGUUUUGGAAUACAACUUGUUGCCGAUUGGAAUACGAAGAAACUAUCGGAAUUUGCCAUUUGACUACUGUCCAGAUGAAUUCGGAACAACUUCUUGUAUUCAAAUGCCUCCAUUGAGAUGGUAUUAUGUUCUUCAUAGACUCUCUCAUAUUCUGAUGAAAGUUGACUCUGAUAGCAAUCAUUUUAUACUUCCAUCUGCUUGUCGGAGAGUCGUCACCAAAAAAUUUCUGAAGCAUCCCCAUAACGUUGACCAUUUCAAGAAACAUCUGAAAACCUUUUUGACUGUUUUCUCAUCUCGAGAAUGGAAUCGAAACCGAAUAAUUGGAAGUUUCAUUAGCUAA